UGGGUCUCAUGGGCAAUGCUCAGCUGCUUGAUUCUCUCAGUUUCUGCAGGAUAUCUUAGCCAUAGAGGAGGAGGAGGCGGUUACGGUGGAGGUGGCGGCGGAGGCCAUGGAGGCGGUGGAGGAGGUGGUUAUGGAGGCGGAGGAGGGCACGGAGGCGGAGGUGGUAAUGGUUACGGAAGUGGUGGAGGAGGUGGCCAUGGAGGAGGAGGUGGAUAUGGAAGCGGCGGUGGAGGUGGUCACGGAGGCGGCGACGGUUACGGAAGCGGCGGUGGAAGCGGUUAUGGAAGCGGUGGUGGAAGCGGUUACGGAAGCGGCGGAGGAGGGGGUCACGAUGGCGGCGGAGGUGGAGGUGGUCAUGGCGGUGGAUACGGAGGCGGUGGUCACGGAGGUGGAUACGGAGGAGGUAAUCAUGGAGAUGAGGAGAUUUUCAUUGCUGUACCCGUUAAAUCUGGCGGAGGAGGAAGUUACGGAAGUAGCAAAAGCGGUUACAGCGGAGGUGGCAGUAAAUAUGGAGGAGGCAGCAGCGGAUAUUCUCUUUCCAGCAUUGGAAAAGGUGGAUACGGUGGCAGUGAAUACGGUGGAGGAUAUGGCGGCGGCCAUGGGAAAGGUGGUGAUGGUGAGGUAGCUCUUAUUGGACUCAGCCUUAAAAGCAUUGGAGGUGGACAUGGAGGCGGCGGCGGAGGAGGAGGAUAUGGUGGCGGUGGAGGUGGAGGACAUGGGGGAGGUUCUGGAGGUGGAUACGGAAGUGGACAUGGAUACGGCAGCGGAUCGGGAAGUGGAUAUGGAGGAGGAUCUGGAGGUGGUGGAGGUAAAGGUGGAAAAGGAGGAUACUGGUAAUCCCUCCAAGGAAUAAUUUAAUAUGAAAAGAGUUUCCUGCAAACGGAAAUUAAGCGACAUUCUGCAUUAUGGGUGCUUCUCUGAGCAUUCCGUCAGUUUGAUCUCAACAAUUAAAACUGUAGAUGUCACUGGUGAGAAACCCAAGCAAACAGCUAGAAAUUCGCUGUGGUGAAUCCUUUUCUGUAUGGUUCCUUAAAACUCAUGCAGUAAUAAAAUGUGAUUUGUAAAUACCUUUAAAA